AUGGUCAGCAAUCCCAUGGGUUUAGAAGGUAGAAGAGGGGGAGAGGGACUGCUGGAAGAAGUCUUCUGGGAGAUCCUCAUCUUCAUGGUUGAGAGGGGGUCCUGGCCCAGCUUCUGGGGGCUGUGUCUGAGAGCUCAGGCAAUGAUUGAAUGGCAUCUCCGGCACAGCUGGAUGAUCACCAACAAUCCUAUCAAUGUUCUGAUGAUGGAAGAGAGGAGUUUGAAGAACUCAUGGUUGAAAUUUGGGUCAGUAGAGAUUGUAGGAGGCAUUCAGUUUCUCAGCACAAUUGGGCCUGAGAAAGAGAAGUCUAAGCUUCAAGCUAAUUAUUAG